AUGAUCGGCCGAUAUGAGAGUGAAACUUUUUAUGGUGAGACGAGGUCAGCGAUGUCGUUUCAGUUUGGGUUUUCGGGUGAUGAUAUUGAGGAAGAUGAGGUGGUACAGGAUGUGAGUGGCGGUAGCGGGGUUGUGGAUUAUAGGGCGUUUAUGGAGACAGAGCCCGCGAUUGAGCUGGAUUACGUGCCUAAAUUGUAUACUACAGAGGAGCUGCUGCUACCGCAGAGCCCUAUUCGCAUGAGUUAUUCGCUGGUGCGUCUGGCUGAUAAUAACGAAGGUAGGGAUGAGGUUUUGGCGGUUCCUCGGCGUGAUUUGUACGAUGUCAAAUAUCAGCUGAUGAAACAGGACUCGUUAUCGGCCACAGAAGAGAUCCUGCUAGGAACCACGAACGAAGAUGUCCGAGCUACGACAUAUGAAGGGGGGUUGAAAGUGUGGGAGUGUACUUUUGAUUUGGUUCAGGUUCUUAAAACUGAGCUGGGUUCUGGUUUUGAUGUUCGCACAUUUUUGGAAUUGGGCUGUGGUGCUGCUAUUCCCAGUAGUUAUCUCUUUUAUCGCAUUCUGACCAGUGGUGCUACUGGUAUCAAACUGGUUCUGGCCGAUUAUAACGACAGUGUUUUACGACUAGUCACUGCUCCUAAUAUGUUUCUGACAUGGGUUGUCUUUAAAAUGAACGAGUCAAAGGUCGUACCAGAUGUCAAUGAAGUGGAUAUCACUCCAGAGCUGAUCGACGAGUUCCAUCAGGAUAUGGCUCGUCGUAAUAUCCAGAUCCAAUAUGUAUCAGGAGCAUGGUCCCCUCAGUUUGUUAAACUGCUGGACCAGAAAUUCCAGCUCAUUCUCGCUUCAGAAACCAUUUAUUCACUCGAUACGCUGCCAGUGUUCACAGACACCCUUCUCAACAGUCUGCCCAGCAGCGACCAGGGCCAUGCUCUAGUGGCCGCCAAAAAAAUCUAUUUUGGCGUCGGUGGUGGCAUUCCCGACUUUGUCACUGCUUUAGAAUCUCGCCAAAUCACCCACAAUGUGGUGUUCGAGGACUCGGCUGGUGUCGGCCGUGCUGUACUAAAAGUCUCUUUAUAA